AUGAUUUUUCAUAAAUAUAAACGAUGCCUUCACUUUGUUUUUGCUUUAAAACAUCUAAUUAGUGCAAGUCUAUAAAAGAAUCCUCAUCUAAUUGCCAUUUCAGCUUCUCUCAUAAUUGUUUUAUUGUUGUUGUUCAAAAGUGAACGUUUAGUUUGGAAAUACUUAAGAAUAUCACUUUUAUUGGAAUUAUGUUUUUAUGAUGCGCCCUUUACACCAUCAAUUGUUGCAACUUUAUAUAGUAAAAUAACAAACAAAUGGCUAAUACUAAUAUUUUAUAGUGUAAGAAUAAGCAUAAUAUAUGCAUCCAAUUUCUAAAUUAUUGACUGGGUUUAUCUUAGUGUUCAAUUUGUUGCUUUAUUUAUAUAUAUGUGCAAUAAGGUAAAUAAAUAUAUCUAAUAUUUACAGGAGAGAAAACCUUUUUAGAGAAAUUCUCAAUUGAUAAACAGAAAUCAAAAUUAUAGUAAUAUGGGAUUGAUGAUAGAGUCUGUGGAAUUAUAUGAUAUUCUUAAUAGAAUACCUUGUGGAGUUUGUUUACUUGACAACAGUCUUUAAGUUGUUAGUUCUAAUAAUAAAGUGAGAAAAUAUGUUGCUUCAUAAGUUGAAAACAAUUUAUAAUAAGCACUAUUUCUUGUUAUAUAAAAGUAUUUAUAUCUAUCAUUUAGAGCGUAUUUGCAUUCUUAAUAAAAUAGCAGUUUUAGAAGAAAUGAAAGACACAAAUCAAUUUUCGAAUCUUUAGAUGAAUAAUCUGAUUUCCCAAUUAAACGUUUGUAAUCAUUUUGUCAACCAAGAAGAACUACUUUGUAACAGAAAACAACCAAUGUUAGUAAUAUUUCUGACAUAGCUCAAAUUAUACAAAAACAUAAAAUAACUAAUUUAGAAGAGACUAAAUUAAAUGUAUUAAAAUUUAAAGAUAAAAAUACUGGAAAGACUUUUGAAAUUAGAAUAUAUGAUAUAACAAGUGGAUGUAUGAUAGUUAUAGAAAAUAUUACUAAUUUUGAAUAUCAGUAAGAUAUGUAAGAGAGAUAUCGAUUCUAUUCAAAGUUAAUUAAUUCUUUUUCUCAUGAAUUAAGAACACCAUUAAAUUGUUCACUGUAACUUUUAUAGAUAUUAGAUUAGAAUCUAAAAGGAGAGUUGAAUGAUUAAUAUUUAAAGCCAGCAAUUAUAGCAAACAAAAAAUUGUUACACUAAAUUAAUGAUAUUUUAGAUUAUGCAAAUUUUGAAGCAUAAACUUUUAAAUUGAGACCUUAAUUAUUCAAGUUGUCAACAAUAAUAGAAACAAUUGAGGAUUAUUUUAAAGCAGAAUGUGAAUAAAAAUAAAUUACAUUAACAAUAUCUAGUUGUGAUGAUACUUAUAUAAGUAGUGAUUAUGAUAGAAUAAUGUAAAUAUUAGUGAAUUUGAUGAAUAAUUCAGUGAAAUACACAAAAUAGAAAGGUGAGAUACAUUUUGUUGUGUAAAGGGCAGGAUCUAUAUAUUAAUUUGAAGUAUUUGAUACAGGUUGUGGUAUUCCAGUGGAGAAGUUGUAUUUGAUAACAAAGAUAUUAAAGAACUGUGAAUUGGAUUGGAGUCGAAGAGGAGAGGAAGACUAUAUGUAAUAUGUAGGAUUGGGUUUAAAGGUUAGUAGUUAGAUAGCUCGGAAAUUAUGUGAUAUAGGAGAUUUGAAUAUAUUUAGUUCAGUUAAUUAAUAUACAAAGAGUAAAUUUUAUGUGAAGGAUAUGAAAUAAUAUUUAGAUUAAGUGUUGGAAGAAACAGACGAUCAUAUAUAGGAGCCAUAUAAAAGUAUAGGUAGAAUGAAAUGUUAAUGUGUAAAUGUAUUAAUUUGUGAUGAUAUUCCAUUUAAUCAUUUAGCAUUAUCAACAGUUCUAAAAUACUUUAAGGUAAAGGUUGAUAAUGCAUAUGAUGGUUAAAUGGCAAUAGAUAUGGCAAAACGAAAAGUUAGUUAAUGUAAAUGUGGAUAUAAAUUAAUAUUUAUGGAUAUAGAUAUGCCUGAAAUGGAUGGAUGUUAAGCAACCAAAGAGAUCUUAUAGAUAUUUUAAUAACAUUAAAUCUAAUGUGUAGUUGUUAUGUGUAGCGCAUAUGAUAGUAAAGAGAAUAUAGAUUAUGCUAUGAAAUCAGGAAUGAAAGAAAUAUUACCUAAACCUGUUGACACAAAUGUUUUGAAAAAAAUACUAUAAAAAUAUUAUUUCUGA